GAUUUCCAUCCUUUGGUCAUAAUCACUUCCGGUAUAACAUUUCAUGUUAGAAGGUUUACACGUCGGCUUCUCAAGUUGUCAAGAAUAAAAUUUGCAAACUGCUACUGCCAUUUUCCCGUGCUGUAAGAGGGCUGGUUACCUCCAAACGUAUUGUAUCCCUGGCUGGAAAGUUCGCUGUCGCACAGAAAAUGGCCAAGUACAAUGUUGUGUUUGUGUUGGGUGGUCCAGGAGCAGGCAAAGGGACUCAGUGUGAGAACAUUGUGAGGGAUUUUGGUUUUGUACAUCUGAGUGCAGGGGACUUGUUGAGAGAGGAACGCCAGAGGCCUGGCUCAAAAUACGGCGAGGAAAUCGAAGGACAUAUAAAAAAUGGAUCCAUAGUUCCUGUACAGAUAACAUGUUCAUUGUUGAGAAGGGCAAUGGAACAAAGUGGUAAAGACAGGUUUUUGAUUGAUGGUUUUCCAAGAAACAAAGACAACCUUGAUGGAUGGAAUGACGCCAUGACAGGCGUCGCUGAUGUCAAGAUGGUUCUCUUCUUUAACUGUUCUGAACAGGUGUGCAUAGACCGAUGUCUGGACAGAGGCAAGACAAGUGGCAGAUCUGAUGACAACUUGGAAAGUCUCAAAAAGAGAAUCCAUACCUAUACCUCGUCUACGAUGCCAAUCAUUGACCACUACCGUGCCUUAAACCUUGUGCAGGAGAUGAAUGGAGAAAAAACACCAGAUGAGGUGUUUGCUGAUGUAAAGAAAGCAUUGGAUAGCUUUAAAUUGUGAUAAACUCAGAAUAACAAAUAUUUAUUGAAUUCCACUAAAGUUUGCUGACGAUUAAGGUGUGAUUGCACAUAUUGCAUUUUGAUUUUUAAAAGGCAUCAGAUGUUACUGUGAAAAAUUAAGCAAAAAAAUCUUAAUAGGAUUUAUUUGUAAUAAUGUAUUCUUGAGGAUUGUUAUUUUGUAUUUUAUUAUCAUGGAAAUCAAGUGAGUGUUCAUCAUGGUUGUCUUUUAAAUUGUUACGCUGUACUUGUAAACUUUAGCACUUUGUAUACUAGGAGCCUUAUAUUUGCCUUCUUUUACCUUCUUUUGAAAGUAUGUGUAUUUAGUAACAAUAUAUUAUUUCAUCUAAUAGAUAUAAACAUAA